AUGCUGGGAGACAAGGCUCACGGUGUGACUCUGAAGGUGAUGGAGUACACGUAUGAUGACGACCUGGAGGAGCUGUGUCCUGUGUGUGGAGACAAGGUGUCCGGAUACCACUACGGCCUGCUCACGUGCGAGAGCUGCAAGGGCUUCUUCAAGCGCACGGUCCAGAACAACAAGAGGUACACGUGCGCGGAGAACCAGGAGUGCAAGAUCGACAAGACCCAGAGGAAGAGGUGUCCGUUCUGCCGCUUCCAGAAGUGCCUGAGCGUGGGCAUGCGCCUCGAAGCGGUCCGGGCAGAUCGCAUGCGUGGGGGGAGGAAUAAGUUUGGCCCCAUGUACAAGAGAGACCGGGCCUUGAAACAGCAGAAGAAGGCUUUGAUACGAUCCACCGGGUUCAAGCUGGAGACCACGGCCCCCCCGCCGGCCUCCCCUCUACAGACUGACUACAGCUUCACCGGCACCCUGCACGCGCUGCCCACCAUCUCCAAAAGCCUGCUGCCCUCCCCCCCGACCUCUCUCCCCCCCAUGGACUACGAAGCCAACCUGUAUGGACCUGCCUCCCUGGGCAUGGCCAUGCAGGCCCACGUGCCCCUCACCCCACAGUACCAGUACACGGCCUUCCCCAGCAGGGCCAUCAAAGCAGAAUGUCCAGACUACACCAGCUCCCCUGAGUCCCUGACAGGAUACCCCUACCCAGACGUGUACCCCUCGGCCUCGCCGCAGCCCCCCAGCCUGCCGCCCCUGGUGCUGGAGCUGCUGCGCUGCGACCCGGACGAGCUGGUGGUGCAGAACAAGAUCGUGGCCCAUCUGCAGCAGGAGCAGAGCAGCCGGGGCCGGCUGGAGAAGCCCAGCACCUUCAGCCUCAUGUGCCGCAUGGCGGACCAGAGCCUGUUCUCCAUCGUGGAGUGGGCCCGGAGCUGCGUCUUCUUCAAGGAGCUCAGGGUGGGAGAUCAAAUGAAGCUGCUUCACAACUGCUGGUCUGAACUUCUGGUCUUGGAUCACAUUUUCAGACAAGUGCAACAUGGAAAGGAAGACAGUAUCCUGCUGGUGACCGGCCAGGAGAUUGAACUGUCGUCCAUCGUGUCCCAGGGUGAGGCCACUCUGUCCAGUCUGGUCCAGAGAGGUCAGGAGCUGGCAGCGAGGCUGCGGGUGCUGCAGGUUGACCGCAGAGAGAUUGCCUGUCUCAAGUUCCUCUUGCUGUUUAACCCCAAUGUAAAGCUUCUGGAGAACCAGGCGUUUGUGGAGGGGGUCCAGGAGCAGGUGAACGGGGCUCUGCUGGAGUACACUCUUACCACGUACCCUCAGUUUCAGGAUAAAUUCAGCCAGCUGGUGGUCCGGCUGCCUGAGCUGCGCUCUUUCAGCACGCAGGCCGAGGACUACCUGUGCUACAUGCACCUGAGCAGAGAGGUAACCUGCAACAACCUGCUCAUCGAGAUGCUGCAUGCUAAGAGAGCAUGUGUGUGA